UGGAUUCCUCAAGGUUCACAACCAGCAGGCAUGCCUCGGAGUUCCUGAUCGUUACUCCCCCCCCCAAAGUCUUCUUUGAACCCCCUCCUCUGGUUUGGGAUUUGCAGCUUGGGCAAGUGGGGGUCGGGGGGGGCAACCACAGGCAGAAUGAGUAGCAGCGGGCUUGUCUUGAGCACCCCAGUUUCUGACGAAAGUGCCGCAUUUACACCCCUCAAGCCAGUCGUCAUGGCCAGGGAGACCGCAGAAGACCCGGCUGUCUUUGAGGAUGUCAAACCGCCCAUACGGAUCCUGGAGAAUCAGCAGGAUUUGGCCCAGGCCCGCUCCGAAAUGGACAAGUACCUCUCCGGCCACGCGCUCCCCGUGGUGCCCAUGGUGUCGGCAGACAAGAAGUACCGCCGUGAGAGCGCCUCUGUGGUGGACGAGUAUUUCUCCACCGAGAAGCCCCCUUCCUCGCCUUACAGCGUGAACAUCAACUUGAUCCUGCCGGACACCAACCACCUGCGCACGGGGCUCUAUCGGCCCUCCAAGCCCGUCGUGCCCUUUCCUCAAAUCAAGAUGGAGCCGGGCACCGUCUUUGCCCAGCCCUGCUCUUCCGCCUCCGGAGCGACCCAGACUCUUCCGGACUUCACCAGCGUCUUCAGCCUGCCUCAGUCGGUGGCCGUCAACAACAUCUUUGUCAAGCAAGAAAUGCCCUCCGAACCCCCUCUCGCCUCAGGCCCGCAGCCCGGUUUGCUUUACCAACUGCCGGUCGGGAGCAGCGGGGAGAUGACCACCAUGGCGCAUUCCACGUGUGGGACCACCGCCAUCAGCACCAUUACUGGUGUGGCCAUGUCCACUGGCAGCUCUGUGCUGGACUCCCGGCCCCUGUCCCGGGCUGUCCGGCCAGGGGGGCAGGCCAAGCCUCUCCCCCAAGCAGCUUCCCCAGGCAGCUUCAACCUGACCGGGGAGUUCUACCCCGUGCCAGGGGUCAGCCUUCCCCCGUCGCCCCCCAACUCACAGCCUGGCAGCCCAGAGAACCAACCCGAGCUAAUAAGCACCAUUUCGCCUCCGCCACCCUACGAUGCUGCUUUCGGACUGAAGCUGGCCCCGCCUGGCCAGCUCCCCUCCCUUCCAAAUGGCCUUGGGACCCUCUCCCACGGGGCUGUCGUCCUGCAGGCCCCGAAAUACAACCGGAGGAACAACCCAGAGCUGGAGAAGAGGCGGAUCCACCACUGCCAUUACCCCGGUUGCACAAAGGUUUACACCAAAAGUUCACACCUGAAGGCACACCAGAGAACUCACACAGGUGAGAAGCCCUACAAGUGUUCCUGGGAAGGCUGCGACUGGCGAUUUGCCCGAUCAGAUGAGCUCACCCGCCACUACCGCAAGCACACCGGGGCCAAGCCGUUCAAGUGCCUGGCCUGCGGGCGAUGCUUCUCCCGUUCCGACCACCUGGCGCUGCACAUGAAGAGGCACCAGAACUGAAAGGGCACGCUCCUGCAUCCCUCUCCUCCCCACCCCCACAAAUGGGAGAUAAACUCCCACCCUCCACUUUGUACAUAAGAUCCCAACAGCACUGCGAGGAGGAUGAUCAAAACCCCCACACCUGGUCUCCCUGGAUGCCACCGAUGCUCCCGACAUAAUUGUUCUGGAGGAAAAAAAAAGGGGGGAGCCAGAGGUGGGAAGCAACUCCCUCUUUAACGUGGAGCUGCAUUCGGCUCCAGAAAACACACCGUUUAAUUUUGCUUCUCUAAAACCAUUGAGCCCAGUGUCACCCGGGGAAGGGCCGACACUCUGACCUGCAGCCGCCACUCUUCGCCCCUUGGAGAUUUCCCGUAUCCUCCGGCUGUCGCUCCUGGGCGUGUGGAUGCAGGGGAAACGGUGUGCCUGGCGCUCCUCAGCCUCUGGGCAGGAAGCAGCCACCACAGGUUUUGCUCCCAAAUGAUCCUCUUCAACAGGAAGGAAUGAGGCAGAAGGGGAAAACAGGUUGCCUCACGUGCCGGACCUUCCCGAACGGGUGCCCACUGAGUCUCUUUGAUAUUUCUGCUCUCCUUGAAGGAGCUAAACUGGACCAAGGAGGGAGGAGUUGUGCUUCUGCAUGGAAAACUCUCGCCUCAGUUCCCUCCGCCUCACGGGAUGCACUGAAAACAAGCCCUCUUGGUCAAACGAAAGAAAUCGGCCCUUUCCCGCCACUUCCUUCUUCUCUCCGUCUCCCUGCGCUUCCUUCGGUUGUGGCCGGAUUUUGAGGAUUUUUAAAGCCGCCACGGAACGGAAACAGCUCCAGGUCCCUCUUCCUCCCCAGGUUCAGGCUGACCUUACAAGCCCACGGCCUUGGAGGGACUCCUGAUGGCCACAUGCAAUGAAAUGCAAGGUGUGGGGAGCCGGAAACAGACAAGAGGGAAACUACAAAGCUAAAGAGCCACAAGGAGAGUGGCAAAAAUAAAAGAAAGAACAAACCACCCCAAACUCAGAUGUUUCUGUGGACUGCCUCUCUAGCAGAAAUGGUUCUUCUGGACCGAAGGGCAAUGGCUGGGGGGGGGGCUGUCUCUUCCCCCCGCUCCCUUGUCCUUCCUCCCCAUGGUAUGUGGAAGCAUGGUUUGAGUUGCCUGGAACUUUUGGCUGAGAACUAGCCCUGGGCCUCUUCCUUUCUAAGCGCUCCGAUGUUGACUCCGAAACAGGCCCCCGGGGCCAGUUUUGCUUUUGAAAUCAGCUGACAAGGGACUGUGUCAGGAUGACUUUAGCCCAAACCAAGGUAAGGUGUAAUUCUGGGGUUCCGGGUGGGCUCCUUUACCCGAUGUUUGCCCAGCAGGGCUUGUGCUUCCAAGAAGGCAGUGCCCCUCUCCCCCCCCCGCCCGGCAUCCAUGCAUCUGGGGCGCUCAAGGCACACUGGCUGCAAUUCGUGUGUGUUGGAGCCUACCCCGAAGAUCAUGGCGCCUGUCAAAGAGGGCUACACGAAAACUAGAGCAUGCAGACUUACCGGCAGGUGGGUUGUGUCUCAAGCCUCCUUCUGUGCCAGGCAGCACAGGAAGGUGGGCGCGGAUUGCCAUGCCCCAAGAAGGGGGGGGGGCAGGCUCCUUGUACAUAGCAAAAAUACGGGACUAAAGUUAGCUUAAGGCAAGGUGUCUGUCUCCUACUGGGCAUGCGUCCAUGUGCGCCAAAGUCUCUGAGUAGCAUGACGACUUCCCCAGUUAUAGCAGAGCCAUUGGGGAAGGGGAAGAGAGACUAAAAUAUCUAUUUAUAGGAUCUGCUCCUUUUCAGACCCAGUGCCUUAGACGUUGCUACGUUUGGCGGCACAGAGCCCUUAAUGCUAAGUCUUCUUGCUCCCUUGAAGUCCCCUUGAUUUCAGUGGGUAAAUGUAGCUAAGUUUCCAGCUAAAAGAAUCAGGCCCUUUCUCUCUGACCAGGUCAUGCCCGUGAUUGCAUUCACUGGUUGGAGUUCCCUUAUCUUUCCAUGAUGAUGGAGAUCUAGCCAUGUUAGGAAGCAGACACUGAAUGUGGCAAGUGUUCAGUGCGUGAGACAAGGGGUUCCAGCACUUGCCCCCUCUCCCCCCUACCCUCGCCAGGCGGGGUAUGCUGCCUCCGCCAGGCUGUGGGAAGGGCACCGUUCAACCCCCCCUCCCCAUUUUGUUGAGAACAAAACCGGAGGCUCAAACAUCUCUUGUUGAUUCUUUUGUCUUUUUGCCCCUAAAGCUGGAGGUGUCUUUGUAUAUAGGAAGGAGAACUGUACAAAAUUUUAUAUACGCCGAGUAAGAAUUAUUUUUUUCCCCUGUUUUUAUAUGUAACAUGAACGCAGAACUGAGAUUUGGAGAACUGGAGAGCGUGGCUGGACAGUUUGUAUUUGCUUCUUUGGACAGAUAUAAUUGACGUGAUAUUUUGUAAUAAAACUGUAGUGGUGACUUGGGAUGGUGUUCGUCCUUCUAAAGGCCAAAAACCUGAUUCCGCCCCCCUCCUCCCAUCACCUCCCCUUUUUCCUUGAAAGACCCACAUUUCCAGUUUUCAAACCCAGCAGCAUUUGAGUGGUCUGUAAAUUCACUGAAUGGGGCAAAGGAUCAUUCAGUGUAUGGGAUCCACCCUGCUAAGCAUCUGGGACACUUUAAUGCAUCUGUCAGCUAAGAAACGGCCUGGGGCUUGCACCAGGUUGCUGAAAGCUUGCAGCAUUGCAGACGUCCACGAACAGAACAAAAAAACCCUGGCAUUUCCCUCUUAUCCCCUUAUAAGAGGUUGGUGGCACUCACAAGCUCUCUCCCCACAUUUAUUGAUGCUUCUCCCAACUGCCCCAUGGCAUUUGGGGUGGAGUGGGGGGCUGGUUUAGAAGACUGAA